GGCAGCGGGACACGGACCGGGCGGUGAUGGAGCUGCUGGUCCUGCUGCUGCUGCUGGGGGCUGCGGCCAGCCCGGGGGGCGGCUCCGGCCCGCACGUGCUGCGCUAUUUCUACACCGGGGUGUCGGAGCCCGGCCCGGGGCUGCCCCAGUUCAUCACGGUCGGGUACGUGGACGAUCAGCUGUUCAUGGACUACGACAGCGAGCGGCGGAGCGCGGAGCCACGCGCGGAGUGGAUGGCGCGGAGCGAGGGGCCGCAGUACUGGCAGCGGGAGACCCAGAACUUGCAGGGCGAGCAGGCCACGUUCCCACCAAACCUGAACACCCUGCGCGGGCGCUACAACCAGAGUGGGGGAUUUCACACUCUCCAAGUGAUGUACGGCUGUGAGCGCCGGGAGGACGGCUCCACCGGGGGGUUUUUUCAGUAUGGCUACGAUGGGCGAGACUAUAUCAGCUUCGAUAAGGACCACGAGACCUGGGUGGCGGCAGAUGACGCAGCUCAGGUCAGCAAACGGAAAUGGGAGGCUGACAGGAGCAUGGCUCAGAGAUACAGAAUCUACCUGGAGCAGGAGUGCAUCGAGUGGCUGGGGAAGUACGUGGAGUACGGGAAGGAGACGCUGCAGAGGAGAGAGCCACCACAGAUGAACGUGAGCGACCAGCCGAGCCGGAACGGGCUCACCACCCUCUCCUGCUGCGUCCACGGCUUCUACCCGCGGAACGUGGCCGUCGUGUGGCUGAAGAAGGGGGUGGCCGUGCCGCAGGAGACAAACCGUGGGGACGUGCUUCCCAGUGGGGACGGGACCUACCAGACCCGGGCCACCAUCGAGAUCGACCCCAGCAGAGAGACCGAUUAUACCUGCAGGGUGGAGCACCCCAGCAUGGCGGAGGAUCUGAGAGUGCCCUGGGGCAAGGGGGGGAUUGACUCUGGGGUGGGCAGAAGAAGUUUUUGGGAGGGUUAUGAAAUGUUUUUUUUCUUAAUUACUAUUAUUAUUAAGACUUUAUUAAUAUGACUUUAUUUUGUAUCAAAUGAACUAACAGAACUUCAUGAGUAAAGUUUUAUGAAUGAAACAGCGUUCAUUCAUAAAACCGGCUCUCGCAAUAACCCGCUAAAUGGCAAUAAAGCCGCUCGUUAAGUCCCCGCAGUUUGCGCUUAUUGAGAAAGUCCACAGCUGUUCGGUUCAAUUACCGUCCGCUUGUUAGAGCCGCAGCUGUUCGGCGGCUGCUCCUGCAGUUUCAGUCCAAUCGCUGCUUGGAUCGCUGGCCCUUGCUGUGUGGGUCACGGUUUUAACAUUGUUACCCCUGUUCACUGUUUGCCUCCCAACACUGUAAAUUGUUCAUGACACUUGUUUUGAUCAGACUCCAUAUUGUAACGAACUCCGUUUUGAAAUGCUCACUCCACUUUGCAAACCCUGCUGCCCCCUGAGUAACUCAGCUCAGGUGUGUGAGUGAGGGACGCAGGGAUGAUGGAAUCAGCCUCCAGCCGCAGCCUGGCCUGACCAGGGGAAUCGCAAACACCAGUGGCUGGAGAUGCAGACAACAGCCCUGCCCAAGUGAGAAGAGUCACCCCAAAGCAAAGAACAAAGGUGCAAUAGGAGGAAGAUCAAAGCCAGGUCCCAGGCUGAAAGUCGCCUGCAAUGGACGGGUGAUCGGUCACACCGAGCCCAGAGGCAGCGGGACACAGCAAGACCCAGAGACUCUUGUUCAGACUAAAGCCUAUGAAAAGGCUGGGUGAGAUGGGAGACUUUGGGUAAUGUUCUGCUGCCAACAUCAAAGGGCGUCGCUGCACGGCCGACGGAGACCCAGCUCCUCGUGCUCGGCUCUCCUGGCCAUGAGCUGCGAAUUCAAGCCAAGGACUCGAGCUACGUUCAGGACUGGUAACUACACAGCAGCUGCAGAACAUUUGGGGUGUGUGUUAAUACCUAAUACGUAUAUACACACAAUCAGUGUUAGAUCAAAUUGUGUUUUCAUAAUAAACGUGGCAUCUUACCUUGUCCCCUGAAAA